AUGGCGGACAACACAGGCAAAUUAUUUGUGUGGCAAUGGAACUGCGCCAGCUUCAAGAGGCGCAAGGCCUCGCUACAACAGUUAGUGAAAGCACAAGCGGACAAACCGCAUGUCCUGCUCCUACAGGAGACCCUUUGUGAGGAGGCGACCUUCUCGGGUUACCGCGUUGUCUCGACGAGAGGAGACGGUAGGAGAGAAAUAAUCACUAUGGUUAAGAAGGCAAUUUCCUUCCAGGAGCACGAUAUCACAAUAGGCAGAGCUGAUGCUAGCACUAGAUUGGAGGCGCAGCUGGUUGAGAUAAUCCCUAGUGGCAGGAUCAAACAGAGCAUAUUCGUCCUCAGUGUGUACAGCCCUCCGACAGAUCAUAGGCAGAGUUUUCGCGGACUCCUAGGUAGGGCAGUCGCCAUAGCGGGUGACAGCCCUCUGAUAGUGGCAGGGGACUUCAAUGCCCCGCACAUGGCCUGGGGUUAUAAUAGACAAACGGCGAAGGGAGUGAACUUAGUGAGCACGGCAGAAGACUGCGCGUUGACCCUAGUGGCGGACCCCCGCUUUCCCACAAAGAUAGGCACCUCGGUCUCGAGGGACACGAUGCCAGAUCUGGCUUUUGUUACAAACACUGACGCAGCCUGGACUAACUUGCAAGAAAAUUUAGGGAGCGACAAUCACAUUGUGGCGUUAUCAAUCAGGAUCAGAGCGGCCCCGCUUAGGAUAUUUAAGUACGUUGAUUGGGAUCUCUUCCGAAAGAUACGGGACGAAGAUGAGUCGGAGUACGGUGCACUGGAGGAUCUACUCGCGCAGGUCAAGAUAGACGUUGAAAGGGCCACCAAGAAAAUAUUCACGGACCUUAGGACCCCCAGGAUGGACGCGCGCCUGGCGCAUCUCCUGGAGGCCAAGAGGUCUGUGCUGGAGAGGUGGAAAACGCGAAGGCUAAACCGCAGGCUGACAAAGAAGAUCGCGGAGCUUAAUCGCAGCAUAGAGGCACACUGUCUGGAGCUCAACAGGCAACAAUGGAACGAAGCCUGCUCGGCAGCAGACAGGCGAAUGCGCACGGGGGGAAAAUGGAACCUUCUUAAGCACCUGCUCGAUGAUAAACAGACCAAGGGUAAUCAGAGACUCUCCGUAGAUAGACUUGUGCAUAAGCAAAAACAGGAAGGUCAUUCCGAUACGUCCCUUCUCCGAGACCUGGCAAGGAAGUAUCUUCCGGUAGGAAAGGAUCAACUACGGGAAUGCCCUCAAUACGUGGGGGAGGACGCCCCAAAGCUCGAUGAUCCGUUUUCUGAGGCAGAUAUCAGGGAGGUGCUCUACAAUCUCAAUGGUAGGUCGGCCCCUGGGCCGGAUGGCAUAACCAAUCGGGUUUUGAGGAACCUGGACGACCGGUCCAUUAGCACCAUUACAAAGUAA